CCUUUAGUGUUAAAAAAAAAGAAAAUUUGUUAUUAAAAAAAUUUUGGGGCCCUCAAUGUCAAUUUAAAACUUGUUAUUUGUAAAUUAAUUAAAAAAAAUAUUACUCACGCGCCUUCCACGAUGACAACAUAGUGCCACAUAGGUAAAAAAUAUCCAAUUAGAACAAAAUUUGGAAGUUUAAAAGUCUAAUAAGAACAAAUCUUAAUUUAGAGAUCUAAGUAAAUUUUCACAGUAUCUAUCACAUACAUUAUAAAAUCAUGGCAAACCAUGUCCAAACAAGCUGUUAAGGGUUCAUAAAAAAGAAAAACUCCUCGCCCGUCCAAUUCUUGAUAACCCCCUCCCCCAACCCCAACGUUGCUGAGUCCCAGUUUCUAAUUCCCCUGCCAAAACUUAUUUAUAUUCUUCUUCCUCCUAUACUCCAUUUAUUCCCUUUUUUUUUUUCUCUUCAAAGUAGUUGUUGAUGUUGGCAUUAACAUCGCCACUUUCCGUUCAAGUUGGAAAAUUUACUAGUGACAUUCUGUCAGAUACACGGGUUGAUUCAGGUGUGUAGGGAUAGUAAAUUGAUUUUGGUUAAGGUUAAUGGUAAUGGUAAGAAAUUGGAUGAGCUUCGAUCGAUGGUGAAAGGUCUUUCGUUGAAGAGGAGUAAUAUUGAAUUUACGAAUUCGAUUGGGUCUUCAGGAUGGAUGAAUGGUUCUAGUUUUGGUAGCUCAAAUGGAUUUUUAGGAUGGUCUGAUGUGCCUCCAAUUCCUGAUUUCGUGGUUGGGUUUCAAGUGCCACGUCAAGACUUGAAAUUGAAGUUGCUUCAAGAGAAAGAUCAAGUGUUGGUUCUUUCUGCUCCUCCUGGCUGCGGAAAGUCUACUUUGGCAGCAGUGGUUUGUCAAGAGGAUGAUAUAAAAGAAAAAUGACUACUGAUGGUCAUGCAACUGAUGGUGUGACAAGUGUAGCAGCAACAAAUGUUGCUACAACAAGCCGCACAAGUUCUACGCCAGCAAUGGCAACUGUGGAGAGACACAAAAAUUAUUCAGGUAUAGAUUUUAAAUAUUGGCAGCAAAAAAUGUUCUUCUAUUUGACAACUUUAUGUCUUCAAAGGUUCAUAACUGAAGAUGCUUCAGAAUUAUCCGAAGAAACAUCGGACAAGGAGCGGUUCGUUAUAAUAGAGGCAUAGAAAUAUUCGAAUUUCUUAUACAAGAAUUAUAUCCUAAGUGGCGUCCAAGACGAUUUGUACAAUGUGUACAGUAGAAUGAAGACUUCGAAAGAGUUGUGGAAUGCGUUGGAAUAAAAGUAUAAAAUUGAUGAUGCAGGAACUAAAAAGUUCUUUGUUGCAAGGUUCCUUGACUACAAAAUGAUUGACAGUAAGACUGUCGUAUCUCAAGUAUAGAAAUUGCAAAUAAUUAUCCACGAUCUCCUUGCUAAAGGUAUGAAUAUAGUAAAUACCUUAUUUGAACAUGUUAAAUGUGUUCUUAAUACUCACAUUACCUUUGAUGUAAGUUUGAUUGUGAAUGAGACCUUUCAAGUGGUAGCCAUAAUAGAGAAGUUGCCACUAUUAUGGAAGGACUUUAAAAAUUACUUGAAACACAAAAGGAAGAAGAUGUUUGUCGAAGGCCUCAUUGUGAGGUUGCGCAUUGAGGAAGAAAACAAAGCUAUCCACAAAAGGUCGAAAAGAAACUUUACAAUCAGUGGAGCCAACAUUGUAGAGGACGACCCUAACAACUCAAGAAAAUGGAAGAAAGCUGUACAACAAAGCAAUCUGCCAAAGAAGAAAUUCAAGAAGAAGUGCUUUAAUUGUGGCAAGAAUGGCCAGAAAUCAGUAGAUUGUCAUGCCCCCAAAGAAAGGUAAGAAGAAAGAUCAAGCCAACACGGCUGAAUCCAAAAACAAAAUGGAUGAUUUAUGUGCUAUUCUUUCAGAAUGUAACUUGGUGGGAAAUCCUAGAGAUUGGUGGAUAGAUUCCGGUUCCACUCGCCAUGUAUGUGCCAACAAAGAGUUAUUUUCUUCAUACGCUCCAACUCAAGAUGAGGAAAAUAUCUAUAUGGCAAACUUCACAACAGCCAAGGUUGAAGGGGCGGGAAAAAUCUGCUUGAAAAUAACGUCGGGCAAAGUGUUGACUCUUAACAACGCCCUUUAUGUACCAGAGUAUCGAAAGAACUUGAUUUUCAUAUCACCUCUGACCAAAAAUGGAUUCAAAUAUGUAUUUAUUUCUAACAAGGUUGUAAUUAGCAAUGAGAAAUUGUAUGUAGGAAAAAGGCUACCUCAUCGAGGGCCUAUUUAAGAUGGAUGUAAUGAUUGUUGAAAUCAAUAAAAGUUCUAUUUAUUC